CAGAUACGUGUCAAAGAUCUUCAUGUCAUCUUGAAUUCACAAAUUUUCCUCCCACCCAAAAUACCCUAUUGGAAAUCUUUCACUAGGCAAUUUUUUGUUUUGAGUCGGAAUUUAAGCUUAAUUCGCGGCUCUCAUCUCAGCCAAUAAUGCCUCCUUUCCCAGACUUCGCAAACUCCACCCUCUUCCCCACCUUCGCCUCCCUGCCCCUCGCCACAGACGAUGUCCCUCCUGACACACCUCCCUACCACCUAAUAGGCACCGUCUCCGAGAACAUGACCCUCUCCACCUCCCCAACAUUCAUCUGCAAAGACCCCUCCGGUAGCCCUUUCGCACUCACGCUCCGCAUCCCAGCUGCCUUGGUCAAGGCGGGAGUGCAAGGUGGUGGGUACGAUGUGAGUGGGUUUAAGAAGGGGUUUGCUGUUGUGGUGCCUGGCGCGAGGAGGAGUGGGGUUAGUGAGGGGAAGCAGGGGUUUGUUGAGGUUCCGGUUGGUGAGGUGAAGAUUAUCCCUGCUAGUGUGAAGAAGUUGAUUGAGAUGGGGGAUAAGGAGAAGGUGGUUGGGAGGAAGAGGAGUGAGAGGGAAGGGAGGGAGUGCUGCCAAGCUUGUGGAAAGGAGAUGGAGGCGGGGAAGUUGUCGAGGUGUAAGGGGUGCGAGUCGGUUUGGUAUUGUGAUAAGAAUUGUCAAAUGCUGGGCUGGAGUGAGAAGGGUCAUAAAGGCGAGUGUAAAGUGUAUAGGGCAGUGAACUCAGCUUUUCCAGAUAGAGGCAGGUUAGCUUGAUGGAGAAUUAUGUCGCAGCGUGCACUUGAGAUAUCAACAAUGGGAUUCAGCCUUAGGAAGAAAACAACAAUCAAUUUUGGAGACAUCUGUGUUGAACAGACAUCUGUGUUGAACAGACAUCUGUGUUGAACAGACAUCAAGUCGAAGCCAAUGUUCAAAGGCCAAGUCAAAACGCACCGCAAU